AAACCUUUAUAAGACAGUAACUUUUACUUUCAGCCAACAAUCGUGCGAGCUUUGAAACUCGGAGAUCACCCGGUGUCACAUUAAAAUCUUCCAUUUAUAACAAAUAGUUUGUUUGUUUACUUUUGGUGUUUUGUUCAUAUCAGAUCAGAUCACCAAUAAAACUAAAUUGCGCUCAUGUUAAUGAUGUAAGACUGGAUUGAAUCAAUGAUCAAUGAUCAACAAUCAACAUCCUCACUCAGCUGUUGCUGGACGUGAGUAAGUACAAAAAAAAAGAAAUAACAACAAGUUUUAUUUGUAAAUUUCCGGAAAACGUUAGCACACAAGAGAAACCCCGCGACCCUUGGACUCCGAUCAUUUAGACUGUUUCAUCAGAGAGCAUAUAAAAGGCCAGAAAACGAUUGCUAAGAUGACGACACACGGGUGGAACGUUGCCAGACAAUCAGUAAUUAUCAAAGGAACUAGAUGUCUGCUAGAACCUGACAAGUUAACACGUACUUUUUCUACUCUACAUAACAAUUCUGUGGAAUAUCAUAAGUUUCUACGGAUUACAAAUUUCGCUGUUGGAAAACCUACUAUCAAAUCAUCGAGAUUUUCCAUUUUCACUUAUCGUGUUUCUGUUAAAUCUAACAAAUUAUACAAGAUGCCUUACUGCGUAGACAAAUUUUACCCUCAGGUAACAAGCCUGAUGGCGACUCAAGUGACCGAAAGUAAGAGCUCAACUUAUAAAAUAUCGGGUGUGCCAAUUAUCUCCGAGUUAACACUACCUCUUGCACCGAAAGUACUGGCUUAUAUUGAAGAAUGCGCCAAACUUUGUAAGCCUGACGCUAUCUACAUCUGCGACGGUAGCGAUCAAGAAAACGAAAUUAUGCUCAAGUUGCUGCAAACCAACGGAUCUAUUGAACCUCUGCCGAAAUACGAAAACUGUUGGUUGGCGCGAACGAAUCCAGCAGAUGUUGCUCGUGUAGAAAGCCGCACGUUUAUCAGCACUGAAACGAAAAACGAAACGAUCCCAACUCCCAGGGAAGAAGUCACGGGAACUCUUGGAAAUUGGAUUAGUCCUAAUGAUAUGGAUGAGGCUGUUGCUCAACGAUUUCCUAGUUGUAUGAAAGGCCGUACUAUGUACGUAAUUCCAUUCAGCAUGGGACCAGUUGGGUCACCACUUUCCAAAAUAGGAAUAGAAAUCACUGACUCAGCGUACGUUGUUUGUUCAAUGAGAAUAAUGACUCGCAUGGGCUUCCGAGUCCUUGAUGUUCUUGACAAGAGCGACUUUGUUAAAUGUUUGCAUUCCGUGGGGGUUCCUAGUGCUGAUUCAAAAGUCGAAAUGAAGGCUUCCUGGCCCUGCGAUCCUGAGAGAACGAUAAUUCUCCACAAACCAGCCAAAAAUGAAAUUGUUUCUUAUGGAAGCGGGUACGGAGGCAACUCUUUGUUGGGCAAAAAAUGCUUUGCUCUCAGAAUCGGCUCCACGAUUGCUAAAAAAGAGGGCUGGCUUGCCGAACAUAUGCUGAUUUUAGGAAUCACAAAUCCAAAAGGCGUGAAGCGAUACAUUGCUGCAGCGUUUCCAAGUGCCUGCGGAAAAACGAAUCUCGCAAUGAUGCAGCCGACCUUGCCAGGUUACAAAAUAGAGUGUGUUGGGGAUGAUAUUGCUUGGAUGAGGUUCGACAAACAAGGACGUUUACGGGCUAUCAACCCUGAGAACGGAUUUUUCGGAGUCGCUCCUGGUACAGCAAGUGCCACCAAUCCAAACGCGAUGAAGACUAUCUUCAAGAACACAUUAUUCACCAAUGUGGCUCGGACCAGUGACGGUGGAGUCUUCUGGGAAGGACUGGAGAAUGAAAUUGACAAGGAUAUUGGAAUUACUGAUUGGCACGGAAAUCCGUGGUCCCGUGACUCAAAAACUCCGGCCGCUCAUCCAAACUCUCGGUUCUGCACACCAGCAAAUCAAUGCCCGAUCAUCGAUCCAGCUUGGGAAGAUCCUGAGGGGGUUCCCAUCGACGCCAUUCUUUUCGGAGGACGCAGACCUGAAGGCGUUCCACUUGUUUAUCAAGCACGGGACUGGCAACAUGGCGUCUUUAUUGGAGCGUCUAUGAGAUCUGAAGCUACUGCAGCUGCUGAAUAUAAAGCUAAAGUUAUAAUGCACGAUCCAUUCGCUAUGCGACCUUUCUUUGGCUACAACUUCGGGCACUAUCUACAACAUUGGCUUAGUAUGGAACAGGUAAAAGACGCCAAGCUGCCAGAUAUCUUCCAUGUAAAUUGGUUUAGAAAAGACGCAAGCAAACGAUUCUUAUGGCCAGGCUUUGGUGAAAAUUCUCGAGUUCUUGAUUGGAUCUUGCGUCGAGUAGAAGGCGAAGAUAUUGCCCGUGAUUCAGCCAUCGGCUUCAUUCCAAAAGAUGGAACACUUAAUACCGAAGGUUUAAAAGACAUCAAUUUGGAGGAGUUAUUCAAAUUACCCAAAGAUUUUUGGGAAAAAGAAGUCAAAGAAUUGAAAGAAUAUUUCGACGCUCAAGUGGGUAAAGAUCUUCCGGUGGCUAUUUCUACGGAAUUGAAUAAUCUUGAAAAAAAUGUUGCAAAACUUCACUAAAAUAUUUUUGUUAAUUUUUUUUUUUUUUUUUUUUUUUUUUGGUAUAUUUUAUAGACUUGUAUGAGCACAUUCCACGCAAUUCUGAAAAAAAUUUUUCUUUAUGUAUAUUUUGUAAAUAGUAUUACUAAAUGAUGGAUAAUUUUAUUGGAGAAAUGUUUUAGGUGUGUUUUGAAAUGUGAUAUUGUAUUUUUUUGAAAAUGUUUUAAUUUUUAAUUAAUAAAGUUUUUUAUAACUUUCUAAA